AUGGGUAACGAAGAGAAAUAUAAAAAAGCCAAAAUCUAUAGAAGUGUGGAAGUGAAUCGCAUUAAUGAAUUGUUAACGAUUGCCCAAAAUUCUCUUACGGAUAAUGGUAAGCAUGGUAACUUUAAAAGCCGAUAUGAACAUGUAGAAACUGUGAACGAUUCUUUCUAUAAACAACAUAAUGUUGUUUUGAAUUACAUGCCAGAAACUGAUGAGGAAUUCGAAAUUCAAGAUAAAAUUCGACAAGAGUUUGAUAGCAAUUAUUACACAAUUAAAGCCAUAUAUUUCCAAAUUUUUGAUGAUAACAAUGACUCUAAUUCCUCUACUACAAACGCCGUAAAUAUUUCCGCGGGUUCAUCAGUACAUUUAUCAAAGCUUAGUUUAGUAUCAUUUAAUGGGGAUGUAACUAAAUUUACUUCCUUUAUUGACGUUUUCGAUGCAUUAGUACACGCUAAUCCCAAUCUAACAAAUAUAGAAAAAUUUUCUCACUUAUUAUCCUGCCUUGACGGCCCGCCCAAAAACCUAAUUCAAUGUUAUCAGUUAUCCGCCGCAAAUUAUAUGAUUGCUUAUAAUGCCUUGCAAGCAUCAAGGACAACUUUAACUUCUUCUACAUCACCCUUGAAGAGCCAAUUAAAGAAACAAGUUAUCAAUCCCAGAACAGGGCCAGAACAGAUUCCAGUAUCAAGUAGUGAAAUAAGUUUGCCCAAGGAUAAACUGAGAAAGACACAUAAUGAAGUGGAAGAAAUUGAGGAAAAAAGAAAGGAAUUCUCAAUUCUCUUAUAUAAUGAUUUCUAA